AUGGUAUCUCCCCUGCCAGCAAUGGACCCUCUGAUGCCUGUCCUGUCCAUUUUGGACAAGACAGUGCCGAAAGAUAGGCAACAAUGCCUCCUAAGGGCAUCUAAGGAGGCCAAAGCUAUUAGGCAGCCCCAUCUGACACAAGGGGACGAUGGGUUAAGAGAUCCCAAAACAGCUUUGGAAGAAGCUAAGAGGAGGUGCCGGAUGGUCACUCCAGACCCCACCGAGGUGCAGUGCCUGGGCCAGCUGGUGCUGACCUUUGGGAAAUACAGUGGGAAGAGUUUCAGGUGGCUGGCAGAAAAUGAUGUGGGGUACAUUAAAUAUGUCCUUGAUCGCCAUAUCAAGGAGUGCCGCCAUCCUGAAAGGGGUCCCAUUAAUGACCAGUGGGUCAAAGACCAUCUUGUGCAGUAUGUGCAGCUGUUCCCUGCCAUUUCCUGCCACCUGGAGGUAAAUGUAGACCGGGCGAUCUACGGACAGGGCCGCUUUAGGUCCUUUACCUUCCAGGAGAUGUGGCAGUGGCACAGUCUGCACAAACGCCUGCACGCCGACCCCCAAGCUGGCAGCGAUCAUGAGCGGCGGAUGGCCCUGGAGGCACACACCUCCGUGAAACAGUGGCUGGCCAUGAAGGAGGAGGACAUCAGCGCCAAGUCCUUGAAGAGGUUCAGGCAGUAUAUCCUUGACAAGGAGAAACAUCAACAGGAUACGGCUGCCUCUUCCAGCGCCCCCAAGGCCUCUGCUGCUGCGUCUGCCUCCAUCUCCACAGCCCCCGCAGCUGUGUCCACCACUGCCAUGGUCCAUCCAGCCCCCGCAGCUGUGUCCACCACUGCCAUGGUCCAUCCAGCCCCCGCAGCUGUGUCCACCACUGCCAUGGUCCAUCCAGCCCCCGCAGCUGUGUCCACCACUGCCAUGGUCCAUCCAGCCCCCGCAGCUGUGUCCACCACUGCCAUGGUCCAUCCAGCCCCCGCAGCUGUCUCCGCCUCAGCUUUCAAGGCCCCUGCAGCUGUCUUCGCCUCAGCAUUCAGGCCCGCUGCUGCUGUGUCCACCACUGCCGCCAAGGCCUCUGCUGCUGCGCUUUUCACCACCUCCAAGGGCAAGGGCUCUGCCAAAGCCUCUGCCACCACCUCCAAGGGCAAGGGCUCUUCCAAAGCCUCUGCCACCACCUCCAAAGGCAAGGGCUCUGCCGCUGUGUCUGCCAUCUCCUCCAAGCCAACAUCUGCUCCAGCUGUGUUCGCCUCUGUCCACGCCUCCUCCUUGUCAUCGGAUGAUGAUGAUGAUGAUGCUCUGAUGGUGGAAGCUCUGGCCACUAUUGAAAGACAAGGUAUUUGA